UACUUGGCCUAACUAUGAACUUCAAAAUUGUUACCGUCAAAGCGAAGACUCACCAACUCUAUAACCAAACCAAACGCAUUUUUCUAGCGUAAAACUCCUCUUGGUCGGCCCCAUGAAUUCACCUUUCCAUGGCUUCAAAAUCUCGUAGAAAGAAACCAUAUAAAAAGCCCAACAAUAUUUCCAUGCCUUCUCCGUCUUUUACUUUUAUUUACAAGAAAGUUUCAGUCUUUGUUUCAUUAGUCAUGAUUUUUGGUGUUAUUUUUCUGUUGGGCAUUUCAUCGAACAUUUUGAGUGGCAUUGCUGCUGUUCCUAAAUUAUACUCGGUUCAGAUUAUCAAUGAGUUCCCUCAUGAUCCCAGUGCCUUCACUCAGGGUCUUCUUUAUGCUGGAAAUGGUACACUGUAUGAAUCAACUGGCCUUUAUGGGAAGUCGUCCGUACGCAGAGUAGCUCUUCAUACUGGAAAGGUUGAGGCUCUCCAGAAGAUGGGUGAUUCUUAUUUUGGGGAAGGUUUAACCUAUUUUGAGCAAAGGCUGUUCCAAGUAACUUGGUUGACGAAAACCGGUUUCAUAUAUGACCCAAAUAAUUUAAGAAAAAUUGGGAAAUUCACUCAUGGGAUGGAAGAUGGUUGGGGACUGGCUACCAAUGGAAAAGUUUUGUUCGGCAGUGAUGGGACUUCAGCAUUAUAUCAGCUUGACCCUCAAACAUUGAAAGUCAUUGGCAAACAAAUUGUCAGAUAUAAUGGACACGAAGUACACUAUCUCAAUGAACUAGAGUUCGUCAAUGAUGAAAUUUGGGCUAAUGUUUGGCAGACCGAUUGCAUUGCAAGAAUCUCACUGAAAGAUGGUGCAGUGCUUGGAUGGAUUCUCCUUCCAAAUUUAAGGAAAGGCUUGAUAGCAGCUGGACACAAUGGCAUUGAUGUUUUAAAUGGAAUAGCUUGGGAUGACAAUGACAACCGCCUUUUUGUUACUGGAAAAUUAUGGCCAAAGCUCUACGAAAUCAAGUUGCAUCCAGUAAAGAAACAUUUUGGUACUGGAGUGAUUGAGCAGCUUUGCAUCCCACCAAGAUCAUAACAUUUCAGACAAUAAUACUGAAUUGGAUGUGCUCAUAAAGCAUACUUUUAAACUUUUGGUAUGAUUAUUGAAAGGAAAAGGAACUUCAGGGUCAAAAUAAAGUUUGGCUGACACACAGGAAAUACACACAAAUUGGAGAAUAACACUUCUGCUUCCUGGGAUUUUUUAUGAAAUUGUUUUGAAUUAUAUCAUUUGAGUUACCCUAAGAGCUA